AAUGAUGGAAAUGUCAGAUUUAAACAGUUUAUAUUACAAAAUUUACUCAAAUAAUAAUUUAAUGGAAAUGCAUCAAAUAACAUACACGCCAAUUAUUAACGAACUUAUCCCAAUAAAACCACGAUUACAAUCUCAUUGUUUAAAUAAUGUUCCAAAAGAUAACGAAAUAUUUUCUCUAUACCAUAUGAAUUCUCAGUUAAGUACGGUUGAAAAAGUCUCCGUAGACGCUAAAAUUGUUGUGGUUGGUGCUUCUGAUGUGGCUUUAUCGUUUUUAGAAAAUCUAAUUUUCAAUUCAGCGAAUUAUUUUUUAAUUUUUGAAAACAUAACACUUCUGUCAAAUCAUGGAAUGCGAUUCAAAUAUGAACUUAGAGAUAAUCAAAAAUUAUUUUUACCGAACAUGUCGCACUACAGUUAUGAUUUAAUGUUAUCAAUGGGAUUAAAUAAUUGGGUGAAUGUUGUAACUGGUAAAGCAACUGCAAUAAAUAGGACUGAUAAAUAUAUCAUUGUAAAUAACUCAGAUCAUUUAUAUUAUGAUUAUUUAUUUCUAUUCUGCGGUGAGCAAUUUGUGUGUGAUUACGUACACGAAGAAAAGGGUAUAAGGAGACCUAGUUUCUUGUCACAAGAUUCACGACACAUUGAUUACACAGAAUCAGAAGUAUUAAUAAAAAAUUUGUUUGUCUUAAAUUCUGACACAGAUGUUUUACGCAUGAGUAUGUGUAUGGAAAGAUUAAAAAGUAGUAGAAAAGAUAUAGUAGUAUUUGGUAAGUACAUUGGAUCGUUGUCGGUCAUAAAUGCAUUGUUAGAAUCAGAUAUUAAAGGCUCAAGAAUUAAUUUUGUGGAAAAUGAAUCAGUGGAAAAUGUUCCAUUCAUCGAAAGUCCAUAUAUAAAAGAUGCCGUUUAUGACAAGCUAAAACAAUUGGAUAUUAAAGUAUACUCUCAAUGCACUUUUGUAAAGUGGAAACUAAAGGAUAAAAAUACUAGAAUUUCUAAAAUAACGUUUCAAAAAGACAAUAAAAAUAUACGCUUUAAAUGUUCUGGAUUGUUUUGGUUUGGACUGAGAAAAAUAAGUAACAUAACAGGAAAUGUUUUGAUUCGAUCUUCAAUGAAAUUUGAUGGUCAUCUUGUUGUGAACAAUUCAUUUGAGACUAAUGAUGAAUACAUUUUUGCUGCGGGGCCAGUGGCAAAGUUCAAUCCAGCUUAUCGCUUUGAUGAUGUUUUAAGUCACAUACAUUUUAGUAGCAUCGAAAUUGGCACAAGGGUCGCAAAUAAGGUUGGAAAUCUUUUUGGUAUAUUUGAAGAUAGUUAUGACAAUACUGACAUGGUUCAGCCAUUAUUUGUGCAAUGUCAACUACCGGGCAAAUAUAACUACUUACAUUGUAUGACUCCAGGAUUUAAGUUUAUGGAUAUAAAUACUAAAAUUAUCAAAACAGGCAACAAAGAUGUGGGAUAUUUUGAAAUGGUCGUGGAUCAAGCCGACUUUGUUCGGGUGAUUUCAUGCUAUUCUAAUAAUGAAUUUCCUUACUUAAAUAUUAUUAAGCUUUGUGGAAAACAUCUUUCACUAUUCGAUAUUUCAAAGGAGCGCUUAGAAAAAAAUUCUAUUACAUGUUUUUUUAAAUAUUUUGACGAGCCGUGGGCUCGAGGUAUUUAUUUGGAUAAAUUUGGAGAUCUUUUAAAUGACCUUGCUCACCAUAGAAUCAAUAAACACUACAAGAAAACUGCAAACAUUUUUUAUGAAAAUAUCGAUAAACUUAUACUAAAACACAAUUCAAAAACUGUAUCUACUUUACCAACAUAUACAGAGCUCGAGGAUGAGUUCAAAGAUAAAUUUUUGAAAAUCAUAGAAAAUUCCUUAUUAAAAUUUGUUGAGAAUCACUUAGACGAACUUCCAGAAUAUGCUCACCCUUUGACUAUUUCAAAAUUUGUUGAUAAGGAGAAUAUGAGCGAUUUCUGGAAUAAAGUUCUGUAUGAAAACGACUGUGAACCUGGUUUAUCAAAUUGAUAACUAUAAUACUAAUGUUAAUUACAUAUUACUAAUCUAUCAAAGUAUAUUAGUUGACUAUCAUUUAUUAAAUGAUAUUGGUUACAUGUAUAGAUUCAGACUAGGCUUAAAUUUUGUUUGGUCUGACCCAAUCAAAGCCCAAGAGAAUAAAUUCAUUAUAACUUAUAAUUAAAAUUUUGUAAUUAAAAAAAAAAAAAAUGUUUAUUAAAAAUAUUAUUUUGAAAAUUUUAAUUGUAUAUAAACCAUUUCUGUGGA